AUGGCACAAGCACAGCAGCGGCAGAAAACGAGUCAAAGUUGUCACGUAAAGCAAGAUCCAGGAGACGGUAUUGAGCACAAUGGCAAUCAUAACACGAUACGAAUAGGUCAUGUAGUAUGUGUUACUAGUGUGCCAUCAAUUCUGUGUGCUAGUGAACGCACUGUGCGUGAUUUCUUUGCCGAAUAUGGCAUGUUAUUGUCUGUUACGAUUCACCAUAAUUUCCUCGAUAUGGAACCAGACGGAUUCAUAUACUUGGAAUACACAGAGAAAGAAGCAGCAGAGCGUGCUAUUGCUGCAGUGAAGGAGAAACGUGUGGGGUUUGCAACAUGCACGGAUACAAAAUUGAAGACAUUAGUACAUCCAUCUGAGAUUAUGGGAAUGAAAGCCGCUAUGGCAAUUGCUCGGGGAAAACCAACGUUUGAAGUGAAUGAGGAGAUAAGGGACAUUUUACUAGGUCGACACGAACUCAAUCGCUUUACGCAGAGCCAACAAGAUCGUGGUGACGACGAUGAUUUUAUUCUCCAGAAUUUAUCGCAGCAUUCAUUUGCAACUUCUCAAUCGAAGAUGAAAAAGAAACGCCGCCACAAUCAAGACGGUAGUUCAGGUGCAGCGAGACCGAAGAAGGCAAAGAGGAUACGAUUCACCAAGGUAGUAGUGUCGAACAAAUAG